AUGUUUUUAAAUAAGAGUAAAAAGCACAAAAGGGAGAAGAAAAUGAAGAAGGAGAAGAAGAGCAAGAAGAAAAAGAAGAAGAGAAAGCACUCUGACUCUUCUUCGGAGGACAGUUCUGACGAAGAAGUGGAAUGGGUCGAAAAGUCGAGCUUGGAGGAAAAGGGGAAAUCAAAAGCCAAAGUGAAGAAGAAUUCGAGUUCGGAUGAAAGUGGGGAAGAAGUUAUUGGCCCCUUGCCAAAACAGCAGAUUACUCUGUCAGCCAAAGAAUUUGGAAAGGCCCUUUUGCCCGGAGAAGGUGCGGCGAUGGCCGCAUAUGUUGCCGAGGGAAAGAGAAUUCCCAGGAGAGGAGAAAUUGGCCUCACUUCUGACGAAAUAGCAUCCUACGAGUCAGUCGGCUAUGUCAUGAGUGGAAGCCGGGUUCCGAAGCCCCGGGCUAACCUUUAUAGUUUCGUUCGAGUGUCCGUCUGUGAGUCCCUCGCCUUCUUUCGGGAUGAGAAGGUUGUAGUGUGGAGGGGAAGAAAGGGUACAAGAUAG